CGCCAACGAACUCGAAUCCAUAGACGACGGUGUAUUUGAAGGAAUGUCGAAUCUGACCUAUCUGGACCUUCAAAGCAAUCGAUUACGCAACAUUCCACAGGCGACGUUCAGGGGCUUGACAAAACUACUUACUCUGUUUUUAAACCUCAACGGACUCGAAUCCAUAGACGACGGUGUUUUUGAAGAAGUGCCGAAUCUGAACAGUUUGUCCCUGACUGGCAACCGAGUACGGAUUUCCCAGAAGACGUUCAGGAGCUUGAUAAAACUAAAAUCUCUUGGUUUAGCUAUCAACCAACUAGAAUCCAUUGACGACGGUGUAUUUGAAGGACUGCCGAAUCUGGAUUUUCUGUAAGACGUUUUCAGAGUUUUAAUAUAGUAUAGAUUUAGAAUGCACAAUAAUGAGUUUGUAAGUUAAGUUUUGGUUCAGACAACACCGCCUGUCGUUUUCAAUUACAAAAUGCGUAAUUAACACAUUUUUCUCAAACAUGUAACAAAACGUUGAUAAAAUUAAAAAAUGUGUUAUAUAUUAAAUAUUGCUUACAUAAUUGCAUCGCAUUUCAUUAAAUAACAGCUCAUUACAUGUAUAAAAAAUGGUUCAUAAUACCCAUUUCUGUAUAUUUUGAUCGACGUUUCUGUUCAGGCAAGAUACAUGUUCGUACUUCAUUUUACACAUAUUGUGUAACAAAACUUCACUUAAAGUCUAAAACAUGUAAUACAAUCUUCGUUUUUCAUGAAAUUGCUUUUGAUCCCGUUUGAAUAAAUGACUGGUUGCAUUCCAAACUUUGUUUCGAUAUAUGUUCAAAACAAAUCUGAUCGUACUGACAGUUAAUAUUGUAAUGCAUAUUGGUCUCAACCAUUGUAUUAGUAAUGCAGGGAUGAGAUUAAGGCCGCAAUGCUGCAUACGAUCGUGAUUUAUUGGGACACAGUUUCAGGAACGAAUUUAACUGCAUGACGUUGAAACAGUCUAACUGAUAAUUACAUUGCAAGGGAUUACAAACCAUUUCAAAAGAACAUAGUGUUUGUCACGCACAAAGCCCCAUUCACACACGCCAUAAAUUCAUUGAAAAACUACAUAUUUAAGGAUGUAUGCUUCAGUUUAAAUGCAAAUUUUGCUACACCAAGAAUUUGAUAAUUUUUGUUAUUUAGGUAGAACCAUGUAUUGUGGAUAGAAACUUAGGGUCCGCGUUUAGGUUUCGAAAUCUGCGUUUAGGUUUCGAAAACUGCUCAUAACUUCUUGUUGUUUUCUUAUUUUUGAAAUAUCAUCUAUUAAAUGAUCACACACCCUCAUUAUACCCCCCUCUCCAUGAUGGCUUACGUUAUUCUGUCAAGGGUGUCAUAUAGCAGUUGAACUGUUCGUCAGUCUGUCAGUCUGUCAGUCUCUCUGUCCGUCCAAAAACUUUAACAUUGGCCAUAACUUUUUCAAUAUUGAAGAUAGCUUGAUAUGUGGCAUGCAUGGGUAUCUCAUGAAGCUGCAAAUUUUGAGUGGUGAAAGGUCAAGGUCAUCCUUUAAGGUCAAAAGUCAAAAAAUACAAUCCAAGGGAAGUAAUAAGCUUUAAAAGGGAGAUAAUUUCUAAACCUGCCAAAUGAUAUCUUAAAAUUUUAUUUCAAAGCGGCGCAAUAGGGGGCAGUGUGCUUCUGACAAACACAUUUCUUGUUUAUUACUUUUAGCAUAAUGUUUGAU